CUAGAACGUUACAGUGUCCACUACUCUCGUGCCAGGACUUAGUUCGCAAUAUGAAUUCGAGGUGUUUAUUAGUGUUAGCGGCCGCCCUCGGCGUAGCUGUGGCCCAAGAGUCCUUCAAAUGCCCCGACGACUUCGGUUUCUACCCUCACCACAUCUCCUGUGACAAAUACUGGAAGUGCGACAACGGUGUAGCCGAACUGAAAACCUGCGGCAACGGUCUCGCUUUCGACGCCACAGAUUCCAAAUACUUGACCGAGAACUGCGACUACCUUCACAACGUUGAGUGCGGAGAGAGGACACAGCUUGAGCCCCCAAUCUCCACUCCUCACUGUUCGAGACUGUACGGCAUCUUCCCUGAUGAAAACAAGUGCGACGUUUUCUGGAACUGCUGGAACGGAGAAGCCUCCCGCUAUCAGUGCAGCCCCGGACUUGCCUACGACAGAGAGUCCCGCGUCUGCAUGUGGGCUGAUCAGGUUCCGGAGUGCAAAAACGAAGAAGUAGCAAACGGAUUCGGCUGCCCAGCCCCCGGUGAGGUCUCCAACGCUGGCUCGUUCAGCCGUCACGCUCAUCCCGAAGAUUGCCGUAAAUAUUACAUCUGUCUCGAGGGCGUUGCCCGCGAGUACGGUUGCCCCAUCGGAACCGUUUUCAAGAUCGGAGACGCCGACGGCACUGGUAACUGCGAAGACCCCGAAGACGUUCCCGGAUGCGAGGACUACUAUGGAGAAUUGGAUCUGAAGGCGAUCCGCAAGAGUGAGCUCCUCGCCGGGCUCCAGGCUGACGGCCAGCCUCGCCCCAACCAGCCCAAGCAGCUCAAACCCCGUCCUCCAAAGGAGAACUAAAAACACACUCCCACCCUUUAACCUUUAAUACUCACGUAGUAUAAUAUCAACAAUUCUUCGCGAACCACUAGCAAAUGUCAGGCAAAUGAAUCUGAGACCUCUAACGUAGCUUUUGCAGCGCGGAGAUAAAAUCUCGGGCAUAAAUUUAGUAUAUCGAGUGAAUCGCGGUUAAUGAAUUUGUAUUCACCGCAAGUUGCCAAAAAAUUGCUCUUUAUAAUUUUUUUUACACACAGUUUCAUGAGGCCGGUUAGAAAUUAGUGGAAACCAUAAAGCGUUAGAUAUAUUUAUUUUAUUAUUGUUAGUUUCGAUAGUAUCUGUCCAUUUUAGCCUGUUUUGUUAAGACGUUAGGCAUCCAUUGUACGGAAUAGCCUAUAUCGUUUCAUUAGUAGGACUGCAUUUAACGCAUCAUUGUUUUUUUUUUGUUUUGUAAAAGAAAAAGUCCAAUAUUCCGCUCUCCAUUCGAAAACACCAUAUACAUUAUUAUACCCUGUAAAUAUAUUAUUACUGAACUGUUUCGCUGCGACUGAGUGUUGUUGUUUUGAUAGAAACUGUAUAACUAAGUUUAAUGUUUAGUGAUAAAAUAAACAAAAAUUGAUAAAAAUAA